CGCACCUCUUUGCACAUGAAGUGACACUGUGUCCAAAGUCUUUAUAGGUUUGUGUGAAGCUCUGCAGGGUCUACACAUCAAGGAGGCGGAAAAAACCCCUGAAGAAGCAUCUGAAGUUUGGACAGACAAAGAAACGCAGCUGUCCCCAUUGAUCGGCUCACAAUGAAGCCGGUGUUUGUCCUCCUAGUUUCCACCGCCUGGACUUUCACUGGAGCCCAGUAUUACUACCAGGGGCUUAUGGAUUAUCUGGAGAACAGGUUGUUGGCUAUUGAGGACCGCAUGCAGUUGUGGCAUGAUCAAACGCACCGCUACCACACAGAGUUUCUGGAUUUCAAAAAGCUAACUGCUGAGGCCGCGGAUGGGCUGAAGAAUGAGCACAGCAUGAUGUUCAAAGACCUGGAAGGAGCUGCAGUACGAGUUGACCGGGUGGAGCGAGAGAUGGAUUACGUGGAGACCUGGACUUCCCCUCGGGCCUGUGCGAAUAAAGCAGACAAGGUGGUGGAGCAGGGGGCCUGGAGGCUGGAGGAGAGCAGAGGGGAAGAAGAGGAGGAAGAAGACUGGGAGGAGCUGCACUCCAGAGUCUCUGACUGUGUGGAAAUCAUCUCUGGCAUCAGAUCAGUGAAGAUCCUGAAGAGAGUGGGCAGUCCCAAGGGCAUGUGGACCAGAGACCCGAGGUCGUCCAAGGUUUACGUCUUCAACGGGACAUCAGGAGACAGUCUCUACCAUUUCAACUCAGUACGAGACUUUUCCCGCUUUCCUAGUGUGAACGACAGCCAACAGAUCAGGCUUCCGUCUGAAUGGAGCGGGCCCGGGAGCGCUGUCUAUAAUGGCUAUUUGUACUACAUACAGCAGGAAACUGAUACGGACAUGCAGGUAGUCAAAUUUGACCUGCUGAGUGGUACGAUGACAGACGCCGCUAUGUUCCCUGUGGAGAGCCGCGCUACUGUUUACAACCUCAACCCAGAAACUGUUGCGGACCUCGCAGCAGAUGAUGAAGGCCUCUGGCUCUUGUACGCCGCCAGCGACAAUGAGCCCAACAUUAACCUUGCAAAGAUGGACCCCGCCACACUCGAUAUAGAACAAAUCUGGGACACCCGGUGCCCACGAGAGAACGCAGAGGCGGCUUUUGUAGUCUGUGGGACCGUCUAUGUCGUUUAUAACACCCACACGCCCAGCCGAUCCCGAAUUCAGUGCCUGUUUGACGUCAAUGACAUGGUGAUCAGCGAGGAGGCUCCCCUGAUCUACUUUCCCAGGAGGUACGGAGCCCACGCAAGUCUGAAAUACAACCCAGAGGAGAAACAGCUCUACGGCUGGGACGAUGGCUACCAAAUCAUUUACAGACUGAGCAUGAAGCGGAAACUCCUGGUGUGACAGCAGGGAGGUGGGGUCGAGUUUUCAUAGGCAAUGAUAAAGAAUAGGAGCAGUAAAUUUACACAUGCUAAGCCAAAUGUCUCUCAGUAGCCUGGAGACUCUUCAUUCACGGUCGAUUUUAUACAGAUCACCCAUAACAUCACAUAUUUUUAAGCAAAUGAAAUAGCCUUUGAACUAUUAUUUAUUAAUUUGAUUAUUUUCUGUGUGUCAUGUACAAAAACCGCCCUGAAAAUGCCACUCAGUUAAUAAGAGGCUGUCUAGUCUUGCUUGCUAUGUGGUGUUUUGUGUCCUCCCUCAUUUAAAUUGACCAUUUAAUUCAGGCGGAAUCUCAUUUCCUUUGUGCUGGCUUUCCUGCUUGUUAAGCAACUGGCUGUGCUGCCAUUAUAUACAGUGUUUUAUUACCACAAAACUCACAGUACAGCCCAUUUUUGCAUAAGUCUUUUAAUCAAAGAAAAGAAAAUCAUAUCACAUAACUGAUAACACAUCCAUGGGAGAAAAAAACAACAAACUUUUUGUUUCUGUUGUCGAUUUUGCUGAAACAAAAGAAUGACAAUCUGUGGUUGAAAUAAUGUACGAUAUUUCAGUUUUCUUUAUUACACACUGGGUCACUCAUAUUGAGAGUCUUGAUAAUGAUCUAGGAACUCAUAAUAGACUUUCGUCUCAACUAACAACUGCUGAUAUCGAUUACCAGAACAUUUUCUCAAACAUUUCUAUUAUUACAAAUACAAAAUGUUCAAUAAAAAAUUGGAAAUUCAGUGCUAUCAUAACAGUUGAAAGGGAUACAAGAUCAUAUCAAGAAGCAUUACAAUAUUAG